GGGCGGAGUUAGCAGGCCCCGGAACGUGGAUGGGCGGCGGCGAGUGGUUGGAGCCCCAGGGCAGAGGCCGGGCCAUGCAGGUUGCGGGGCGGGGCUCUAGGAGCUGGGCCCGGUGCAUGGCGGUCAGGCGGCGGACUCGGCCCGCUAGGGCAUCCUCAGAUUUGUAACAAAGAAGAAAACUCCUUGCCUGUUCCAAAAAGCUACUGCUUCCAACACUCUCCAAGUGUAUGCUGAUUACAGUGAAAUUCAUGUCUGAGGAGCAGUCAUCAGGACACUAUGGAGAGUUUGGGCCUGCAGGCAGUGACCCUUACUGAUGGGACAACAGCCUACAUUCAGCAGGCCAUCAAAGAGCAGGCACUCUGAAUCAGGACUCCUGGAUUCUCUUCCACUGAUCUGCUGUGUGACCCCAAGCAAGUUUCCUAUCUUUCUGUCCCUCGGUUCUGCCAUCUGUAAAUGGGGAUGAUAAUACCUCAACCACUGGCAUGUUCUGAAGCUUAACUAAUUGAAAUCCUCACAUGAGAAGAGCUGAAUGAAUCCAAAGAGAGAAGAUGCUUGAAGGGCAAGUGAUUGAGCUUGAGGAUGGGACGACAGCUUACAUCCAUCAAGUGACAGUCCAGAAAGAGUCUAUAGCUUUUGAAGAUGGGCAGCAAGUGGUGUUGGAAGAUGGCAGCAUGGCUUAUAUACACAGCACACCUAAAGAGGGUUAUGAUGCCAAUGCCCUGGAAGAGGUCCAACUGGAGGAUGGCUCCACUGCCUACAUACAUCGUCCUGAUGUCAUGCCAGCUGGCAGCACCAUCCUGGCCGUGCAGGCGGAAACAGGGCUGGAGGAAUUGGCUGGGGAGGAGGAAGAUGAAGCCAUUGAUGCUGAUACCAUUAAUGCUCUCAAGCAGUAUGCCAGCAAGGUCUCUGAGGAGGAAGAGAGAGUGAAUAGCAGCAGCUACUUGAAGAGUGAAGUUUCUAACAAUGCCCCUUCCCAGGAUCUGCGGGAAGAGGAGAUGUGCAGCAGCAGGAAGGGGCAGCAGGUUGGUGACAGAGCCUUCCGUUGCGGUUACAAAGGUUGCGGCCGCCUCUACACCACCGCCCACCAUUUAAAGGUGCAUGAGCGAGCUCACACGGGUGAUCGGCCGUACAGGUGUGACUUCCCAAGCUGUGGGAAAGCAUUUGCUACAGGGUACGGGCUGAAGAGCCACGUGAGAACACACACUGGUGAGAAGCCAUACAAAUGCCCCGAGGACAUGUGCAGCAAAGCCUUCAAAACCUCAGGGGACCUGCAGAAACACAUCCGCACACACACAGGUGAGCGUCCCUUCAAAUGCCCGUUUGAAGGCUGUGGCCGCUCAUUCACCACCUCCAACAUCCGUAAGGUCCACAUCCGGACACACACAGGGGAGCGCCCGUACAUGUGCCCGGAGCCCAGCUGCGGGAGAGGUUUCACGAGCGCCACCAACUACAAGAACCAUAUGAGAAUUCACACAGGCGAGAAGCCGUACAUGUGCACUGUGCCGAGCUGCGGGAAACGCUUUACUGAGUACUCCAGUCUGUACAAACACCACGUGGUCCACACCCACUGCAAGCCCUACACCUGCAACAACUGUGGGAAGACCUACCGCCAGACCUCCACGCUGGCCAUGCACAAGCGCAGUGCCCAUGGAGAGCUGGAGGCCACGGAGGAGAGUGAGCAGGCUCUCUACGAGCAGCAGCAGCUGGAAGCUGCCGCAGCUGCAGAACAGGCCCCCCCGCUGAAGCGCCAGCAGAUUGCUUUCCUUUCGGAGGAGGAGGAGGAGGAGGAUGGCAUACCUACCCAGGUUUCACUUAUCUCUCAGGAUGGAACACAGCAGGUCAGUCUGUCCCACGAGGACUUACAGGCACUGGGCAGUGCCAUCAGCAUGGUAACGCAGAGUGGCACCAUCACAAUGCCACAGGAAGACCUUGCAGCUUCUGGCACGCACACCGUCACCAUGGUCAGUGCGGAUGGGACUGAGACGCAGCCGGUUACAAUAGUCACCGCUGGGGCAGUGAUGUCUGAAGGGUCAGCCAUCGCAUCUCUCCAUCACCAGCAAGUGGCAUUGCUCGCAACUGCCUGCGGCACUCAUAUUGCAGUGCAGCUGGAAGAGCAGCAGAGCCUGGAGGAAGCCAUCAGCAUGGCAACAGCAGCAAUUCAGCAGGAGUCUGUAACGCUCCAUGCAUCCGUGUCUGAGAACGGGUGCUGAGGCACUGCGCAACCCGUGGACAGGGAGGCUUGAGUAGAACAGGGAUGGCAAUCAAACGGCCCCUUGUGUUCAGUUGGGGGUUUCAGGUUCUGAAACAGCCCCCCCGGCUGCUGCACAGAAGACAAACUGUAAUGCGUGGUACAACCCGUGAAUGCAGAAGGGGAGUCCCUGAUAACUGUUACGUGCAUCCAGCUUGUGUGUUAGGCAGGCAGCGAGAGCAGAUACAGGAGCUCUCUGGCCUGCCAGAGUGACCCUGUUUAAAGGGCUCUCCUAUCGCUUACAGUGACAUCUUUCUAAGAAACCUGGCUGGAGGCUUUAAAGCUUUCCUGGAUCCCGGGCAGUCACUUUGCUGCCAUCCAGGACUAUCCUGCUCAUUUUCCAGGGACACUGACUUCCCCUGAGUCUGGAGCAGGGCAGAAGCUCUUGUGUUCCUUUGUGGCCAAGAGUUGGAAUUCCAAGGCAAGAUGAUCUGCUACACCCCGCAUGGAACUGCAGAGACCGUAGCUUCAUGGCACCACCGGGAGGCAGCGAUCAUUUUGGAGAGGCAGUUCCUGCUCUCUCACACUAGGUGCUCCAGGGAUGAACACAGAUGGUCUGACAUCCAUACACACCCUGGAAACACAUACACAAGUGGCACAGAAGCAGCAUAUGCACAGAAGCAAUAAAGCCCCAUCAAAGCAACCCCAGGCUGUCCUGGUCUCGGUGUUUUGGACAACGAUCACUUCUUGACGCUGGAAGUCAGAGAUUAUCACCGGCACAAGCUGAGGGCGGCAGGAUCCACGUUAGGCUGGAUGUGACAGCACUUCUCCCUUUCUCCUUACCCCCCUUCCUUUUGACUCAACAGCCAAGUUCAUUUCCAGACUCAGCUGCUGUGGGGAGGGUAGAGUACUCCACCUGGGCAGGCCAGCACUUGUUGGGGCACAAGCUAGAGUUAGAUGUAAAUAGUGAGUUUAAAUAAAACUAAUUAAAGUUUGGGUUUUUUU